UAUAUAUAUACAUACCUAGUUUUUAGUCCUCUUUCCACUUACUGUCUACCUGGCAGAGAUGUCCAAGUCGACAGCCAGUUCGGGACCUGGCAAGAAAAACCGUAGGAAGCGCACGUCCAUCACAGGUGAACUGUUGGAAUGUCUGGAGAUGUUUUAUCGCAAAAACUCACGGCCUGAUCGUUGCGAGAGACGUCAGUUGGCUGUAGAAAUUGGCAAACCAGAGAACUUGGUUCGAAUUUGGUUCCAAAACCGUCGAGCUAAGCAACGUAGGGAAAGUCAGCUGCUCUUAAAACAAAUGGUUCCGACCAUUAUUGUUGAACCUCAUCAACAUAACGGUAAAGCAAACUCUGGUGGAAGUAAGACGUUACAGACAGUCCUGAAUAAUAGCAACAAUAACAGUAGCAUCGAUAAUAAAUUGGUCGAUAGCAAUGAUUCCAUCACGGUCGGUGGCACCACGACGAAGAAUACGGUUGAUAACCAUCAAGUGAAAACCUUGGAGUGUUCUAAAUGUACAGAAGAGAACAGCUGCACUGAACAUCACCAAUCUCCGUCGUCUUCUUCGUUGCAAUCUCUUCGUCUAGCUUCACAGGAUGAAGGUUCUUCACAGGAAUUUACGACAGACAAUUACAACAUCAACAGCCAAGCUAGUGAUGUGGUACCUUUCAUACUCGACAGUAAAUUGUACUCCCAUGUGUUAAAGAGGAUUGUUGGAAUGGUAGCUGCCGCAGAAUCUGUUCUCGAUGAAACUGAUCCCGAUUUUGCCGAAGCUAUUUUAGAUGCAACUUAUGGAAUUCUCUUAAAAGGCCAGAAAAAGCUACUAUAUGACGAAGUGUUUGGGUUACACGUUGUGGACUCUCCCUGAGUCGAUUCGUCGCCUAUAAACACGAGGACUCGCCAUUUCCUGUCCAGUUAGCAAGCCUGGAUACAGUUUAUGCCAUGUCCGUAAUCCCCAUCUGUAAUUAACAUGUUAAUUACCACUAAUUAUGUGUACAUUCAGUGAGUUUUCUUUUUUCCAUAACUCAUCUAUUGCACAUUUGCCUAAAUUCUACAGAUUUAGCAUAAUAUUCUAAAUACUGUGGCACCAUGAUUUUACUGGUGAUAUAUAAUGGUUGAGUUUUUUUUUUCUUUCAUGAAUUUA